GGGGAGAGCCGGAGCCGGAGCCCUUCACCUGCCCGCGAUAGGAGCAGCCCUACCCUCUGGCCGGAGAGCGGCGGGCUCUGGCGGGGCGGGGAGAGCCCAAGCCCGCCCAGUGCCCGCCCCACCCCGCCCGUGCCCCUCCACCCACCCCGGCCAGCGGCCUGCCCAGCGACCCCGGCCCGGGGAGCCUCCUCUCUGCAGCCGGCGCCAUGUCGGGCCUGCCCGGCCACACAGCGCUGCUCCUGCUGGAGCUGCUGCUGGAGCUGCCCGGGGUUCUGCCGGCGCGGCCGCCGGGCAGCGACGAGCGGCCCCGGUAUGAGCCCACCUGGGGCUCGCUGGACGCCCGGCCGCUGCCCGCCUGGUUUGACGAGGCGAAGUUUGGCGUCUUCAUCCACUGGGGUGUGUUCUCGGUGCCCAGCUUCGGCAGCGAGUGGUUCUGGUGGUACUGGCAGAAGGAAAAGAGAGAGCCCUAUGUGAAAUUUAUGGAGACAAAUUACCCACCUGGGUUCAGUUAUGGAGAUUUUGGGCCACUCUUCACAGCGGAAUUUUUUGAUCCCAACCAGUGGGCAGAUAUUUUGAAGGCUUCAGGUGCAAAAUAUGUUGUCUUAACUUCAAAACAUCAUGAAGGCUUUACUUUGUGGGGGUCCAAGUAUUCUUGGAAUUGGAAUGCUGUUGAUGUGGGACCAAAACGAGAUCUUGUGGCUGAACUAGCAACAUCUGUUAGAAACAGGACAGACUUGCAUUUUGGGUUAUAUCAUUCCCUGUUCGAGUGGUUUAAUCCCCUCUUCCUUGAGGAUGCCACCAAUGUCUUCAAGACAAGAAAGUUUCCAACCAGUAAAUCAUUACCAGAACUCUAUGAAAUUGUGACAAAGUACCAACCAGAAAUAAUUUGGUCUGAUGGGAAUGGAAAUGCACCAGAUACUUACUGGAACAGCACUGGUUUCUUGGCUUGGCUGUAUAAUGAGAGUCCAGUCCGGGACACGGUGGUGACCAAUGACCGCUGGGGAGCUGGCAGCAUCUGUACACACGGCGGCUUCUACACUUGUAGUGACCGAUACAACCCCGGGCACCUCCUGCCUCACAAGUGGGAGAACUGUAUGACUAUUGACAAGAAGUCCUGGGGAUACAGGAGGGACGCACAGCUGGAUGACUACCUCACAGUCAAGGACUUGGUGAAGCAACUUGUAGAAACAGUGUCUUGCGGAGGAAAUCUCUUGAUGAAUAUUGGGCCUACUCAUGAUGGUCGCAUCGCUGUUAUAUUUGAGGAACGCCUAAGGCAGAUGGGUGCCUGGCUGAAAGUCAAUGGAGAAGCCAUCUAUGGAACAAAACCAUGGAGAGCACAGAAUGACACAGUCACACCCAAUGUCUGGUACACUUUCAGCCCUAAAGAAGGCAAAGUCAAUGCUAUCUUCCUUAACUGGCCAGUAUCUGGGACUCUGGAACUUGGUGAGCCACAGGCUAAGCUUGGAGAAACACAGGUGAAGCUGACUGGCUACGAGAAACUGCUGAAAUGGGUUGCACUCAGAGAAACGGGAAUCAUUGUAGCUCUACCUCAAUUAACACCUGAGCAAUUGCCAUGUCAGUGGGGCUGGACUUUGCAACUGACAGACAUAAACUGAGCCUCACACUGCUGGAGCCUUGGGAAUGCUGAUGGAAUUCAGUCAGGAAUGCUGAUGUUUCUCAUCACUGGUUUCCAACACUUAACUUCCUUGACUGAGAAAUAUCAGUUAUUUCACUUUUUAUAAAAAUUGUACUGUCGUUAAAGGAUGGAAUAGAAUGAAAUCUAGCAGGAGAUGGUUGAAUCUUUGCAUACACUUUGUUUCUUUUAGCUCGUGUGGCAACUGAGCAUCUACUGAGUAUUAGUCAGUUUCCUGCCAAGUUAUGUGAAGGGGAAGUGAAACAGGCUCUAGAUUUUUAAAGAACAAAGCUCAGAUCAACAACAGAUCAAACAGCAAGUGCACAAAAGGCAGUUGUACAACCUCUUCAGUCAAGAAAUCUCACUGCCACAAAACUGUACAGUAAAAACUGCCCGUUUGAAGGAAAAAAUACUUUGUCCAGUUGUGCGCUGCAGCUGGCAGUAUCUGCAAGAACAGUCCUAUAAGGGUUAGAAACUCAUGACAAAUGCCCAUGUGCAUCUUAAUUUCUCAUUGUGAAAAAUUAUUGGUUGAGUUAUCUCUCUUCUUGCAACAUAAGAACUUUUUCUGGUGUGUGUAAUUUUACACGGCUAAAGCCGACUCUUGCUCACACCCAUUCCUUUUACACUGUUACCACAGUGCCUUCUGUGGACUAUUAAACAAAACACACACUUCCAUGACUAACUUUUUAAAAAAAAAUGUUAUAAGGAAUUGCUAGGUAUUCUCAACUUUGGCAGACAGACAGUAUUUUAAGCAGAGGAAAGACUGCAUCCCACUAGAAAAAAAUUCCUAAACUCCUCAUGUCCUAUUUGUAGGGACAGCUUCAGUCUGAACUUUGCAAAGAGGGGUAUAGAACAGCAAAAAGCCCAAAUAGUUUUAGUAUAGAGACAAAAGGUUUGUAGUUACUAAGUAAUGUCAGUAAGUGCAAACUAUAUUCCACUAGAUAAGCUGAUUUUUUUCUUUCAGCUGAAAGAUGGGCCAAAUGAUGCCUUUCCUGCUAGUAAUGUUAAUACACACAUGAUUUUUACAGUAAAAUAUUUUAUUACAAUACAGACAACUGGGCUCAAAAUCAAUACAAAUUAAGAUAAAAUAUUUACAAGUUCAUGUGUACAGUGUAGCUGUUUGAACCAUAAAUGAGAACUUCUAAAAAUCCAUAUUCUUUUAGUACUAAGUCACAGAAAGCACACCCCUCCUCAGCUUGUUCAAGACACAUGUGCACAGUUGGCAAAGGCUUUCUGAAGAAGGAGAGAUUCUUUGGAAUAACAUUGGUAAAGGUAAGGAAAAAAAAUUCCUUUAUAAAAAGAAAAAAAUGAGAGAAAGAGGAAGUAUCUUUACUUCAUUCUGCUACUCUAUGCUAUUCUUAGACCACUAUCAUGACUUUUUUCCAAAACUUAGGAACCCCAGGCAGACAAAUGAGUGUUUUAGCAAUCUGUUGUAAUACUGCCACCAGAUGCCUUUUAGAUGCAAUAAAAAUAGUCAAAUAAAUUAUGGAAGAGUUUAACCACAUUUUUAAUAGAAAAGUCUUUACAUACAAUGAUUCUUUUAACAAUAUUUUUAAUGUGUGUUUGAAACAGAAUUCCAUGAGAACAAAUACGGGCUCACUCCCACUUCUUUCAGAAUGUUCUUUCUGGCUGGUCUACCACUCCUCCACCAUUAUAAAAUUAACCCAAAUCUCAUCAGUAGUCACAACAGAUUUGUUAUAAAUACACCAACUAUUCCUAGAAAUGUGCAGCUCAUUUCUCUAGUUGCUGAGGGGUACUAAAAGCUUCAUAAACAUUAGCAGCAAAAUCUUUCACUUGUUCCAUCAUCAACAGGUCCUGAA